UUGUCGCGGUCCCGGCAGUUCUCUGGUCGCGCCGUCGGAGCUGGGCUUGCAGCCUCUCCGGGCCUGACGCCGCCUCCAGCGUCCCGCAGCGGGCUGUCGCCAGCCAGCGGCUCUCGAGCGCGCGAGAGGGGGGACCAGGGCAGGUGCGGUCCAUCCCGGGGCGCGGGCACAGCCAGUGAGUAAGGGGCGAGACGCAGGGACACCAGGACGGCUAUGAUGGUGGCCACGUGUCUGCAGGUAGUGGGCUUUGUCACGAGCUUCAUAGGCUGGAUCGGCAUCAUCGUCACCACGUCCACCAAUGACUGGGUGGUGACUUGCGGCUACACUAUCCCUACGUGCCGCAAGCUGGAUGAACUGGGCUCCAAGGGGCUGUGGGCUGACUGCGUCAUGGCCACGGGGCUGUACCACUGCAAGCCCCUGGUGGACAUCCUCAUCCUGCCGGGCUAUGUGCAGGCCUGCCGAGCCCUGAUGAUUGCAGCCUCGGUCCUGGGUCUGCCGGCCAUUCUCCUGCUGCUGACAGUUCUCCCCUGCAUCCGAAUGGGUCAUGAACCUGGCGUGGCCAAGUACAGGCGGGCCCAGCUGGCUGGUGUUAUGCUCAUUCUGCUGGCUCUCUGCGCCAUUGUCGCCACCAUCUGGUUCCCUGUGUGCGCCCACCGUGAGACCACCAUCGUGAGCUUUGGCUACUCCCUGUAUGCAGGCUGGAUCGGAGCUGUGCUCUGCCUCGUGGGUGGCUGUGUCAUCGUCUGCUGCGCUGGAGAUGCCCAGGCAUUUGGGGAAAACCGUUUCUACUACUCUUCGGGCUCCAGCUCCCCCACUCAUGCUAAGAGUGCCCACGUAUAAGAGAGCUGCCAGCCUGCCAGCCAUGGAGGUGCUGUGGAUGCUGGGCCUGUGGCCCUAGUUCACUGCCCUCGUUGGGGAAACCCCUCCUCUGUCAGGCUCCAAAGCCAAAGGUCUAGAAUAGCAUCCUCUCUGGCAUUUUGUAGUCUUAAUACCCCUCCACCCCAAAUCCCAUUUUGUUGCCUUAAAAAUAAAUCUUCAGCUCAGAUAAUGCCCACAUGUUUUUCUCGUGGUUUUGCCCACUGUUAGCUCUUGGGUGUUCUUUUGUUGUCCAUACAAGUUAUAUAUUUACAUUUUUUCUCUCUCUGACUUUAAAUUUCAAUUAUCUUGCAAACAUUGCUGAGUUGGGUGUGGGGGAGAGAAAUAAAAGACACUUUUCAAACUGUUGUUACAGAAGACAAUGGGAGCCUCAUGAAGAUGCCUCUCUGUUCCUCCCCUGCAGCUCCGAGGUCAUUUAGCUGUAAGCCAGAAAGAUAGA